CGUAGUAGUAGGACAUGAGAACUUGAUAUAAGGAUCUGAUUGAAAUCUAAUUUACUAUUUAGUUUUUGUGCAACUCCGGCGAUAUACGUAAAUUCUGAUCAUGUUGAAGAUCAUCGGGGAACUAGCCCUUGUCGGGGCAAUAGCCUCGGUGUUCAUCGUAGCAGCUCAAGGCACCGCCGAGGAGAGGGCAGCUGAAGAAGCAGCCGGGAGGAGGUACAUGCGGACCUUGGAUGAGCAGAGGUCAAGGACAAAGAACCGGAUGGCAUUGGCUUCGUGGGACUACCAGUCGAACAUAACUGAUUAUAAUCAGGAGAGACAGUUGCAAGUGGCCCUAGAAGUAGCUGAUCAAGAUAAAGAGGCAUGGAAGGAGACAAUGACUUACCUCUGGCACGAAUUCGAGGAUCCAGAUCUCAAGAGAAUGUUCGAGAAGUACUCGAAGCUGGGCACAGCGGCGCUCCCCGAGGACUUGAACCAGAGAUUGAUCAGCGCUAUCAACAACAUGCAGGCGACGUACGCCAAAGCAACGAUCUGCGAUUACAAGGAUCGUACGAAAUGUGAUUUGCGCGUUGAACCAGAAAUAACGGAGAUCUUUGUGGAAAGCAGCGAUGCUGAAGAGCUGAAGUACACAUGGCUGGAGUGGCACAAGGCAGCGGGAGCCGCCUCCAAGGCCGACUUCAUCGAGUACGUCAACAUGUACAAUGAGGCUGCUAAGUUAAACGGAUACGACAGUGUAGCAGAAUGGUGGCUAAGUGAAUACGAGGAGUCCGACAGUGAGGAGCAAUUCGCUGCUCUGUGGGACCAGGUCAAGCCCCUGUAUCAACAGAUCCACGCCUACGUGAGGAGACAUCUGAGGCUGUUCUACGGAGACCAGGUCGUCUCUGCCAAGGGACCCAUACCCGCACAUUUGUUAGGUAACAUUUGGGCGCAAUCCUGGAAUAACUUGGAAAAGUUUACGAGACCAUUUCCAGAUAAGCCUGACGUGGACGUCACGGCCGCUCUAAUCAAUCAGAACUACACAGCCUUGAAGAUUUUUAAAACGGCUGAAGAAUUCUUCGUAUCACUAAACUUGAGUGGUAUGCCGGAUCUGUUUUGGGAGAGAUCCAUCAUAGAGAAACCUCAGGACGGCCGUGAUAUGGUCUGCCACGCUUCAGCUUGGGACUUCUUCGAUGGAGAGGACUUUAGAAUCAAACAAUGCACAACAAUCACCAGUGCCUUCUUCAAGACAACUCAUCACGAAAUGGGACACAUACAGUACUAUCUACAGUACAAAGACCUCCCUGUCAUAUACAGGGCGGGAGCUAAUCCAGGGUUCCAUGAAGCCGUAGGAGAUGUGAUUUCUCUCUCCGUGGACACUCCAAAACAUUUGAGGGUUAUGGGCUUGCUCGAAGAUGGACCGGAUGAUCUCGAGUCCAAUAUUAAUCAACUGUACAAAAUGGGAAUAGACAAGAUCGUCUUCCUACCGUUCGCCUAUCUACUGGACUUGUUCCGCUACGGAGUGUUCCGUGGUACCAUCAGUGAGGAGGACUAUAACUGCCACUUCUGGCAGCUGAGAGAGACGCUGCAGGGAGUGGAGCCACCAGCGCCGAGGAGUGAGCAAGACUUUGACCCCGCUGCUAAGUACCAUAUAUCCGCUGAUGUAGAAUACAUGAGAUACUACAUCUCCUACAUCAUUCAGUUCCAAUUCCACCGCUCGCUGUGUGAACUGGCCGGCGAGUAUACGUCGGGUGAGACGGAGAGGUUGCUGUCCAAUUGUGAUAUUUACAACAGCACUGAAGCUGGGAACGCUCUAGGUAAAAUGUUGCAACUUGGUUCUUCGAAAUCAUGGCCGGACGCGAUGGAGGCUCUGACGGGACAACGCAAGAUGGACGCCAGCGGAGUGCUGGAGUACUUCCAGCCUCUGUACGAGUGGCUGAAGACUGAGAACGAGCGCACCGGGGAGUAUAUUGGAUGGGAGCCUUCUACUGUUCAAUAUUGCACACCUGAACAAAGGGACAAUAUGGAGAACUCUGAGUUUCGACAGAAACUGUUAAAAUACUCUGGAAAUUAAAAUAUUGAAAUUUCGAAAUAAUAUAUGAAUAUUUAUUCUCA